GGUCCGCAGGGGGCUCCCUAUUCUUCUUUCCCUCCCGAUCUCCUCGUCGCGCGCUGCUGUUUCUUCUCCCGCGCGAAGCUCUUUCUCCUCCCGCCAUAUCCUCUCACCCACCUACCUCGCCGACCGGCGCGUCCCCUGCGCCCCUGCCACCUCACCUCUCCGUCCGCCGCAUCCCCGCCGCCUUCCAUCUCCUCCCGUGGCCGGCGCCCUCCCGACUUCGUGCGCCGCCGCCCCCAAUCUCCUCCUGCUACCGGUCCAGAGGUGGCGGUGCCACCCGCCGCUGCUCCCAUCCCCCCCCCCCCCCCCCUCGCCCACUGCCCCGUGACUCGCGCCGGCAGCCGCGGGAUCCAGGAGGUGGGCGGCGCGGGCGCGCCACCUGCCGCUGCUCCCCUCGCCUCCUCCCGCUGCUCACCUGCGCCAGGUGAGGCUGCUGGGCCCGGUGAGGCUGCUGCUGCUGCACGCCAAAGAUGGAUGGCUCUAAUGAUGAUGAGCUUGAGCAAUGGUUGGAGGAAGAGGAGGAGAUUUCUGCUGCUAAUGAUGAUUUGUACAUCUGCAUUGCUCUUCUUGCCUAAGCCGAUGAAGAGGAAAAGAGGAACAAGAAGAAACGGCGUGGAGCAAUACCGGUGCGUACAGUGGUUCCAAGGGACAUGUUUGGUUCCAACUUGCGAAUUGUGGCGCAGUAUUUUGCAAAUCCUCCAAUGUACAAUGACAAGUUCUUUAGGAGGAGGUUUAGAAUGUCCAAGAAUCUUUUCUUGCGCAUAGUGGAUAAGGUUGAGAGCCAUGAUGAUUACUUCAGGCAGAGGGCAAAUGCAGUAGGUCUUCUUGGGGCGACUCCAGUUCAGAAGAUUGUUGUUGUGUUCCGCAUGCUUGCAUAUGGUGUUCCAGCCGACAAUGUUGAUGAUGUCAUGAGCCUAGCUGAGAGCACUAUGAAUGAAGCAUUCAAACACUUUGUGAGGGCUGUGGUUGAGAUAUUUGGAGAGCAAUACUUGAGGGCACCCACGGUGGAUGACACAAAACGUUUAUUUGUUAUGAACAAGGCUAGAGGGUUUCCAAGUAUGCUUGGUUGUGUUGCACUGGAGGUGGAAGAAUCGUCCAACAGCUUGGAAAGGGAUGUACUCAGGACAUGUGGAUGGCCCAACAAUGAUCCUCACAAGAUUUGUGGAUAUGGCACUCUUUUUUUGGUCUCCCAGGUUCUCUAAAUGACAUCAAUUUUUUGCAACGAUCGCCAUUGUUUCAACGGCUUACCUAAGGGACAUCUCCGGAGGUGGAGUAUGAGGUUAAUGGUAACAAGUAUACCAUGUGGUACUACCUUGCCGAUGGCAUCUAUCCUUCUUGGGCUACUUUUGUGAAGACCAUAUCUUGUCCACAAGGUAAUAAGAAAAAGCAUUUUGCGAAAGUGCAAGAAGCUGUGAGGAAGGAUGUGGAGAGAGCAUUUGGUGUUCUCUACAGAUUCGUUUUGCAAUGGUGAGGGGUCCUGCAAGAUGGUGGGACCCGGAUACUCUUUGGUACAUCAUGACCACUUGCGUCAUUCUGCAUAACAUGAUCAUCGACGACGAGCGAGGUGAGGAGGAGGAGUUUGACUAUGAUCAAGAGAAUAAAGAGGUGCUGAUACAGGAGGACUAUGGGUACCGUGAUCCACUUCUACUAGAGGAAUUCUUGGCGAUUCAUAGGGGCAUUCAAAACAGGCAAACACAUGAAUAACUGAGAGAUGAUCUUGUCGAGCAUCUGUGCGAGUUGCAUAGUUCUCAGUAGUUGUGUCAUGCCAUAUUUUCAUAUUAUGAUGUUUGUUUGAACUAUGUUUGAUGUUUGCAUUACUUUGUUGCUAUUGUCAUCAAUUUCCAUCUUUGAAUAAUUCAAAAUUAUAUUUAAAAUGUGUGGUCUGAAA